AUGGUUGAGUGUUUUUCAGGUGCUCGACAAAUUGACUCAAUGCGAGUUUUGGUUAAUGAUGUAGUUAAAUUUCAGUGUUAUUUUACUCCACGUGCUUUAGGUUUCUUUAGUAAUUUAAAGUUGGUUAAGGAAGCUAACGAGUUGUUUGAUCAUAUGAAAAAAUCGGGUCUUUGUGUUCCGAAUAGUUUUACAUAUAAUUGCUUGUUAGAUGCUAUAUCUAAGGUUGGUGAUUGUUGUUUCAUUGAGUUGAGAUUAAAGGAGAUGUGUAGCUAUGGUUGGGAGCUCGAUAAGUAUGCUUUUACGCCGUUUUUGCAGUGUCAUUGCAAUGCCGGGAAUUUUGAAAACGCGUUGGUUGUUUUUAAUGAGAUGCACGAAAAGGGAUUAGUCGAUGCACAUGUUUUGUCGAUCUUGUUGGUUUCUUUUAGCAAGUGGGGUAAGGUAGAUAAGGCAUUUGAGUUGGCUGAGAGGAUAGAAGAUCUUAACAUUAGGUUAAAUGAGAAGACAUGUUUUGUUUUGAUUCACGAUUUUGUGAGGGAAGGUAGAAUACAUAAAGCGUUGUAA